AUGCGUAUCCGUUCCUUGGGCUUCUUCGCGAGGCUCAAGGUCUCCAACCCGAUCAAGGAGACCUCGAGCAGUGAAGAACAGGAAGUGGAAACGCAAAAAGACACUGAGAUCCUCAGUCAGCAGCAAGACAAGCAAUGCUACAUUAUGGACCUCCCUACUGAGCUGUUAGCCCUCAUAUCCGCAGAGCUGGAUCCUCUCUCCGAAGCAUGCCUGGCAAUGACAUGCAAACGAUUACUGCUGAUUUCCGGAAAGUCCUUCCGCUCCGAUUGUCUACGAUUCAAAAAAGAUUUUGCACCCUUGUUACACCACUACCGUGAUUCUCAGACCUAUGCUAGCGAGCGCUGGAAGUUGAUCGAAAGGCUUGAGGAUAGAAGAUGGCUUGCUUGCUCCAAGUGCCUCAAGCUUCAUCCGCGGAUGGCGUUUCCUGCGAAAGAAUUCAGAUCUUCACCUACCGCACGAGUUUGCAACCUAGGCGAAUCGGCAGGAUUGGUCGACUUGUGUCCAUGUAUAAAACUGACGUUUCAAGACAAAGUGAAGCUGGUUAAAGAAUUGAAAGACCGGGAGGUUUUGAGCAAGAUGCCAUCGGCCAUAUUCGGAAGCCGCGGCUACGACGAAAGAUACUUGUGGCACUCGUGCACAGUGACAUACGGAUCAACCGAAUUCAAAAUUGAUAUUUACCCUGAGCUCAACGAUGCAGAACAACUGAUGAUUCGAACGGAGUAUCGGAUGAGCACGGCACCGCACACACUCGGAAAACAGCAACAUAUCUCACCCCGCUUUGGCUGCGCUCAUCGGUCGAUGGAUCUGUGGCUGUCUAGUAUAUCAACUUGCAGGACUUGCGGCACGGUACUGAAAUGUCCAAACCGACGGGCCCAUAUCUCUCCCGAAGCCGAUAAAGCGACGUACUUUUUCUGGACACUGAGAUGUCUAGGUAACUCUACGGCGAUGCCCGACGCAGAAUUUGCGGCGCAAAGAAUCCAUCCGAUUAAUCCAUAUAUUAGUAUAAAGAGCUGCCCCUGGACGAUUUGGAUGCAUCCGCCGCCGAGUCAUGCGCCUUCUCUCGGCAAUGACAUCUUGCAGCCGGCGCUGGAGGACAACAGUGCACAUUUCGCAAAUCAGAUGUACACUUCGCUGCAUCUUGCGCAGGCAUAG